UACGGUGUACAUUUUAGGACAUCCUCAGACCUCAGUCAUUAAAUGAAAAGGCGUCAUGCCUCAGACUAAAAGGCUUCAGUCAUUGGACAAAACGGCAUCGCGCCUCAGACUGAAAAGCUUCAGGUCUCAGGAAAAACGACGUCAGGUGUCAGGUCUCAUACAAUUAUGCAUCAGACGAAACGGACUCAGACCAAAAGGCAUCAGACGAAACGGACUCAGGUGGACUAUCGCGUAGCCCCGCCCCAUGUGACGUCACACGCACGCGGUUCAGAGGAAGUGUAUGAAACGGUUGAUGGAUGGCAAAAGGAGUCAAUCAAGAAUGGAUACAGAGAUAAAUGAAACGAUAAAGUUGCUAUUUGACAAUGGCUUCAAACAAAGAGAAAUGUGCUCUUUUCUUGCUGCUUCUGGAUACAAAAUCAGUGAAAGGCAUCUAAGAAGAUUAUUAAAAUCCCUUGGUUUAAAACGGAGGAGUUUUGACAGGCCCCAUAAUGAAAUUCGCCAUGCUGUUAUGAGUGAGCUUAUGCACUGGUCACCUUGGCAAGGAAUCCGUGCAAUGCACAAACGGGUUCGUGAUGUCAGAGGAAUCCAGCCUUGCUACAGGAAUGAUGUGGCUGUAAUAAUGAGAGAACUUGAUGCCAGUGGUCUUCUUAGAAGAUGUCCUGGGAAAAAAAGGAUUGAACGUAGGAACUACUUCAGCCGUGGACCAAAUUACACUUGGCAUAUUGAUGGAAAUGACAAAUUGAAAUUCUUUGGAAUCUGGGUACAUCUUGGUAUUGAUGGGUUUUCUAGGAAAAUCAUUUGGCUUAAGGCUGGCACCUCAAACCGACAGCAAACCUUCGUUGCAAGGUACUUCUUUGAUGCCAUUCAGGAACACAGUGGUUGCCCACGAUUCAUAAGGGCAGACAGAGGAAAGGAAAAUCUUCUCGUCGGACAGAUGCAAGUGGCAUUUCACUUCCGGGAGUCUGGUGAUCAAGGACGAGACUCCUUCAGAGUGGGCACAUCAGUACAUAACCAGGCAUCUGAAUGCUUCAACAGUAUGCUGAAGAAAACAUGGAUCAAAAAAUGGCAGGUGACAUUUGAGGCCAUGAUGGAAUCUGGCAUGCUCAAUUUAGACAAUCCUGUACACAUAAAUUGCCUGCAAUAUACACACCUUCCCCUUCUUGAGAGAGAGCUGAACAUAGAGCAAAGACUGUGGAACACUCACGACAUUCGCAAGCAAAGGAAUGCUCCAGGUCCAUUUGGGAAACCAGACCUUCUCUUUACUUCCCCACCCGAAGGCUUUGCUGAUAUGUUCUGCAAAGUAGACAACGACCUCCUGAAGUAUGCAGAACAGCUUGUUUGCAGAGGUGGGUAG